AUGAGGCUGCUCGUGUCCCUCGGCCUGCGGCGUGCCUCGCAGUGGCAGCGCCUCACCCUGCUCGACCACCUCCUCCUCUCCCCGCUGACAUUCAUCACCAUCCAGCUCUACCACCUCCUCGUCUGGCUGCGCGGGCGGCCCUUUCGCCCGCCGCGCGGAAAAGCGCCUGUCCGCGUCGUCUGCAUCUCGGACACGCACGACCUCACCGUCCACGUGCCCGACGGCGACAUCCUCGUCCACGCCGGCGACCUCACCAACGACGGCACCGCCGCCGACGUCCAGAAGCAGCUCGACUGGCUCCGCGGCUUCGCCCACCCGGUCAAGAUUGUCGUCGCGGGCAACCACGAUAGCUACUUCGACCCCCGCUCGCGCCGCCAGGAGGACGUCCGCGCCAAGGCCAAGGUCCAGCUUGGCGACAUUUUAUUCCUGCAGGGCGACAUGACGGUGCAAGAGGUCAAUGGCCGGAAAAUAAGCAUCUUUGGAGCUGGCGAUGUGCCCGAGUGUGGCCCAACAGAGUUUGCCUUCCAAUACACCCCUGUCACACAACCAUGGUACAAUCGAAUACCACCCCAGACAGACAUUCUCGUCACUCACACCCCGCCUAAACAUCACCUGGACCUCGACCUGGGAUGUCCACAUCUACUCCGUGAAGUAUGGCGUGUCAAACCUCGUCUACACAUCUUCGGCCACUGCCAUUGGGCGUACGGACAAGAGGCCAUCUACUUUGACGAAAUGCAGGCCGCAUACGAGACGCUCCUCUCCCGCCCUCGCCGCGGUCCCAUCCUAGAUUUCAUCCCCAACAGAUCCUGGAUCUACAUGUGGAAAGUCGUCUACUACGGCGUGCAGGGCGUGGCAUGGAAGUGGCUCAUGGGCGGCCCCAGAAGCAAUCAGGGGAGCAUCAUGGUCAACGCCGCCCAAAUGGUCGGCGACACCGGCCGCAUCAAGUCGCGCGCCGUUGUGGUGGACAUUUAA